UUUCCCUAGUACAGCGUGAAGUGUAGACCACCUUUGAGCAGGCGAAGGGCAAGAAGCGGAACGUAUCCUGUGAGACUCAGAAGGCGUCCUGCUCAAGAUGUUGGGGCUAAAGGCGACCAUGACGGUCAUCGACAAUUCAGGCGCUUUGGUAGCAGAAUGCGUCAAUGUGCUGAAGAACAAGAGUAAUCAUGGCCUGGCGCGCAUCGGCGAUGAGAUCGUAGUCGUCAUCAAGAAGGCUCGACCAAUUCCGCAAACCCAAGGGCAUGGUGGCUCAGGUGGUGGGCAGCGUAUCCGGCGCGGAGAUGUGCGGCACGCGGUGGUUGUACGGACCCUGAAGGAGACCGUCCGACCAGAUGGGAAGGUCGUCCGCUUCGACGACAACGCUUGCGUGCUGCUCAACAAUCGCAAAGAGCCACUAGGCACUCGCAUCAGCGGUGUUGUUGCGUCUGAGUUAAGGCAAAAGGGAUGGGGAAAGAUCGUCAGCCUUGCCCCUAGGGUCAUCUAGGACAGCAUUGUCCCAAGUUGGGCCUGGCAAGUGGCAGGGGCUGCGUCGCAGGCCGAGAAUAUCUUCAUUCGCAUGCAUUACAGUAUUUGUACCAUAGAUUGUCGGCACCAUUUCGCUCUU